AUGACAUAUCAAAAGCUUCAGCGACCGACGAAUGACCCUCGAUUGCAAGAGAUUACUAUAGAUAACACUCUUCGCUCCAAAUUCAACUUGUUAGAAGCCGGUGCCACUCCUACUCCGACAGAUCGAGAACCGAAGCCUCUUCUCGUCGCUCCUCACGCCGCCAACGAUCAGUAUGGAUACAAAAGACCUUGCACUGGGAUCACUUCCCCCUACGAGCCUUACAUAUGUCACCGCGCCCACGUCGCUCCUCAGAACUACCAGUCCAGUGCUAGCGAUCUCGGCCCACCUCGCCCAAACUACAACGACGCACCUGUUCAUGCACAGUCUUUGUCAUUUCAUGCUGCGAUGGCCGAUCUUCACGCAAGAGGCAUGAUUACCAUGGCUGAUGAGUCCCUUCAUAUCCGACAUCGUAUGCCUGUCGCCCAGAAUACCACCUCAGGCCACACUUUGUCAAACUGUUCUAAAGUGGACCAAGUAACAUUGCCAAUAGUUGGCCCCACGAGCAACGCUCCUAUCGACUUCCCCGUGCAGGCUGGUAUCGAAUCUCCUGGUUUGAGCCCUGCCUUUCCUGGAAGCCCCCGGUCCAAUGUAUCAAUACAUGACAGUAACGUCGCGGGUGGCUCUCGAGCGCUUACGCUUUCCACAGCUCAGGAGUCCUCCUACGAGUAG